AGACAAAGAAUCAUUGGGGGAGAACUCAUUGUAAACAUGCAAUGUGACUUGUGGAGGAAAACUAGAGUUCAGACGGGAAUGCAGCCCUUUUCCAACGUACAGAGAAAUAAAUGAAGUCAUGGAGCUUACACGUGUCAUUGUGAUCUUGGCCCAGUGCCUAUGGCCCUUGUGGACUCAAGUCAUCCACCUCACGGACAUGUAUGGGACCGUCAAGUCUCCAAACUUUCCUGAAUCCUAUCAGAAAGAGAUAGAUCUACAGUGGAAUAUAACUGUGCCAGAUGGAUAUCAAAUCCGACUCUAUUUUAUGCAUUUUGACAUUGAGCCAUCAUACUUAUGUGAGUACGACUACUUGAAGGUAUACUCAGACUCCGAAGAGCUGGCCGUGUUUUGUGGAAAAGAGAAUACAGACACGGAACAGGUCCCCGCUGACGAUGUCAUCAUGUCCCCUAGGAAUGUGCUCAGUGUGGCCUUCCGUUCAGACUUUUCCAAUGAGGAACGCUACUCUGGCUUUGAGGCUCACUUUAGUGCGGUUGAUGUAGAUGAAUGCAGAGACCGAAAUGAUGAAGAUCUUGCCUGUGAUCAUUUCUGUCAUAACUACAUUAGCGGCUUCUACUGUUCUUGUCGUUACGGGUUCCUGCUUCAUUCUGACAACAGAACUUGCAAAGUGGAGUGUAAUGAAAGCGUGUACACAGAGCGCUCUGGAGAGAUCACCAGUGCUGAUUUCCCUAAACCGUACCCCAAAAGCUCUGACUGCAUGUACCGCAUUGAGCUGGAGGAGGGUUUUCAAAUCACUCUGGAGUUUGAUGACACCUUUGACAUUGAAGACCACCCUGAAGUCACCUGCCCCUAUGACUUUAUCAAAAUUAAUGCAGGAGACAAGGAGUUUGGCCCAUUUUGUGGUGAGCAGUCACCAGGGAAGAUCCAGACAGGAAGUAACACAGUCAACAUCCUGUUUCACAGUGACAACUCCGGAGAGAAUCUCGGCUGGAAACUCACUUACACCUCCACUGAGAUGCAAAUGUUGUUAUCUUCAGGUUCUGAAUGCUCUCCUCUUGCGGCGCCCCUCAAUGGACACCUGGAGCCUCUGCAGUCUAAUUACGUCUUCAAAGAUCACAUUAUAAUGACCUGUGACCCUGGAUACUCGCUGAGACAGGGUGAUGAAGAAUUUGAGCACUACCAGAUUGAGUGUCAGAGGGAUGGGAAAUGGAGCAGUGACGUCCCGCUGUGUAAAAUGGUUGACUGUGGUCCAGUGGAUGUAGUUCUGGGUGAGGUGGUUUUUGAGAGCUCUGGAAACAGUACUGUGUUUGGAUCCAGAAUCCAGUACAGCUGCAGAGACUCUCGCCAGGUCAACAACACUUACACCUGUCAUCAGAGUGGGGAAUGGGUGAGUGAGGAUGGGACGCCACUGCCCACCUGUCUAGCAGGAGAUUUUGAAAGAACCCUGAGUACCAAUCCCGAAUCUCAACUUCCUACUCCACUAGCAAGCACUCCUCUUGCAUGUGGUGAGCAGUCACAGUUCUUUCCAGCCCAGCAGAAGCGAAUCGUUGGUGGGAGAACAGCAUCUCCAGGUCUGUUCCCCUGGCAGGUUCUGCUCUCAGUAGAGGACGUGUCCCGUGUCCCUGAGGACCGCUGGUUUGGCAGCGGCGCUCUCCUCUCCUCAACCUGGGUUCUCACAGCUGCUCAUGUGCUCAGAUCUCACCGCCGUGAUCUUUCCGUUGUACCUGUUGCUUCUGAACACAUCCGUGUGCACUUGGGCCUCACGGAUGUACGGGAUAAGCACUUGGCCACCAACCGGUCCGUAGCAAAAGUCAUCCUCCAUCCUCAUUUUGAUCCUCAAAACUACAACAACGACAUUGCUCUGCUUAAACUCAGCCAGGAGGUGGUGCUGUCUGCGUUAAUACGGCCCAUCUGUCUACCAAGGCCUGGUGUAGAAGGUCAUGCCCUGAUGCCUCUGCCCAACACAUUGGGUAUAGUGGCCGGUUGGGGCAUUAACACGGCCAAUGCUUCUGCCUCCUCCAGUGGCUUGACCUCCGAUUCCAGCACGGUUUCCGAGCUGCUCCAGUAUGUGAAGCUCCCGGUUGUGCCGCAGGACGAAUGUGAAGCCAGUUAUGCAUCACGCUCCGUCAACUACAACAUCACCAGCAAUAUGUUUUGCGCUGGCUUCUACGAAGGUGGUCAGGACACCUGUUUGGGGGACAGUGGGGGAGCGUUUGUCACCCAGGACGCCCACAGUCGCAGAUGGGUGGCACAAGGACUGGUGUCCUGGGGCGGGCCAGAGGAGUGUGGCAGUCAGAGGGUGUAUGGGGUGUACACUCGGGUGACAAACUACGUCCACUGGCUACACAGGCACAUGGAUGUGGACCGCUGGUAGUGAGGAAGUUGGAAAAGUGCAGUGGAGCUGGAAGUCUAUCCUUAUUUUUUUUUAUUUUUUUUGUCAUUCUUGUAAUUUUCCACAAACUAACUUAAUGUGAGGCAAGAGUUACACCCAGAAGUGUUAAUUCUAUUAUUUGGUCAGAUUAAUUCCUUUAUUAUGGACUUUUUAAAAUUAAUUUGGCUGUUUUUUAAAAUUCUAAAUCUUAUGCCAGCACUUUGUGAAUUUAUUGGUAGUACAGAUUAUAUGAACUUGCGCCGACCGCUUGAGUCAACUUUAAGGAACCAUACUCAUCCAGAAAAUAGCAUUGUACUCACCUCAUAUUUGGCCCUGUGCAUGGAUCCUUCAUACGUUUUUGUUAUUAUACUGUCCUAAAAUUGAAUUAACCUUCAGUACUGGUUAGGGACUUUGGCCUAUCAAGACAGCAUGUAUAUUACACUACUGUUCAAAAGUUUGGGGUCCGUAAGAGUU